UCACUACCUACCCAUUUCAACGCGCUGACUAUCCAGCAGUUUUCCACGUCCUUGCCAGAAAAUUAUACCAUCGAACACUCCUCGUCGCCUAUCCCCAUCGCCUCUUCUCUCAACCACCGGCGCCACUCGACCCGGCCAGACUCACAGUCUGAAUCUCAUGGCGGCGGCAGAAAAAGCAUCCACCGCUGCGAAGAGUGCGGCAAAAUGUACAAACACCCCAACUGCUUGUCAAAGCAUCGAUGGGAGCAUUCAGAGCAGUGGGGAUUGACGAGCAAAUUAUUGUUGACCAAGCAUCAGCAAGUCCAGAUGCUGGAGGCUGCGGCUAUUCUGGUCAGCAUGGAUUCUUCAAGAAAG